GGGGGUGAGUGACAAAAAAAGAGAGAGAAAGAAAGAAAGAGCGAACGAGCGAGCGAAAGAAAGAAAGCAAGCAAGAAAGAGAAAAACUGCCUCUCUUUCUUCCGACAGAGCACCUCCAUCCCCAUGAUCUCAUGAAUAAAUUAUAGCGACUCAUUGUGCAAUAGAGGGAGGAAUGCAGUCGAGCAGACUCGGCGCGCACACAUACACACGCACGCGCGCGCAGGAGCAGCAGCAGAAGCAGCAGCAGCACGAGAGCGGUCGCGACUCUUUGGAUUUACACAAAAACAUUUCGUUAAAACACACAAAUGCUGGGAGACAGAAAGCUUAGAGUGUAUUAUUCCUCAACAUAUGGAUCACAGAAAUAGAAAUUCGACACAUUCACUCAUAAGAUGAUCCAGUUUUAACGGUUUUAACGUACUCGCACGGCUUCCGAUUUCUGAGGUAACCGUACACAUCCAAGAAAAGACAGAAACGGCGACGGUUUUUAUCGGUUUCAACCUGAAAAUAGCUCCUCAUAUUUUGUUUCUGGACAUUUCGAGAGGAUUUUCUUACAAGGAAAGCCGAACACGGAAUCAAAUCCAGCCAACAGAUCAACCUCGGGCAGCCGGAGUGGAAGACUGCCUGCUAGGUUGAGGAGAUUCGGGGUGUCCCAUAGACCCCUAGGUUCCUCCGAUGAACCCCAUCAACUCCAUGAAACCUGCCCUGCCUCCAACGCCGCACAGUGACGCCUCUUACCCAUAUGAUCCUGUCCCCUGGCAGCAAGGCCCCAAUCAGCCUGCCGGCUCCCUCUCUGUGGUAACCACAGUGUGGGGGGUAACCAAUCCUUCACCCAGCCAGGUUUUUGGUGCUCCCAUGGGUCCAGGCGGAAACUCAGCCGGUGGUCACAUGAUGCCUGGCAACAGCCCGGGCAUGAACUCCCCUCAGUUCAUGAGCCAGCAGGGCUACCCUGAGCCCAACAAGGGCUUCAUGCAGCAGGGCAUGUACGGGCGGCCCAGCGGGGGAUACCCGGCCGGGCCUGGAUAUGGGGGCAGUUACCCGAAUAACGGAGGGGGUUCCCUCGGGAUGCCGCCCCAUGGAGUCCGCCCGCCCACCGAUUUCACCCAAGCGGCCGCCGCAGCUGCCGUGGCCGCAGCCGCUGCCACAGCGACGGCCACCGCCACAGCAACUGUCGCCGCGAUACAGGAGAAGCAAAACCAGGAGCUGAACUACGGGCCUAUGGGUGGUGCUUCCUCUUACAACACCCAGUUCCUGUCGCACUCCGGACCCCGUGGCCCGCCCGGCAUGGCCCCCUCCGGAAUGGUCGGCUCCAGACCCCCUUCCAUGGGACCCAUGUACCCACAGCAGGGCCAGAGGUUGCCCCAGCAUCCCGUCUACCCAGGAGGCCAGCAAGGUCCUCCGCGCCACCAGCAGGGCCUGAAACGCCCCUACAACUCCGACGGAUUUCCGGGUCAGCAGUAUGGUCCCGGAAUGGGAGCUGGGGGCCCGUACCCAGGCCAACCCAUGCAGUACCACGGCCCAGGGCCGCAGCGGUCCGCUCCUUCCCCGUCUUACCCAACCCACCGAAUGCCCCUUCAGCAACCCAAUAUGGGCCAGUAUCCUGCAGGACCAGGAAACCCCAACCAAUACUACAAGCAGGCGGACCAGUUUAACGGACAGGGCAACAGCCACAACAGUCUGUCCUCAGGAGUGACAGGAGCUGGGUACAGCACCUUCAAUCAGGCUGCCGUCAACGGGCCUGGACGUGCAAUGCCAGGAUACCCCAGCUCUCCUCUCCCAGGAAACCCCACUCCUCCCAUGACCCCCGGCACUUCGAUGACACCUUAUAUGUCCCCUGGCCAAGACGGUAAAUCGCCCUUUCUCCAUGACGUCAAGCCCAACAUUAACUCUCUGCAGCCCCCUACAGGAAACCCCAGUGAUGACCUGCGCCUGACCUUCCCUGUGCGGGACGGAGUAGUGUUGGAGCCCUUUAGAUUGGAGCACAACCUGGCUGUCAGCAACCACGUCUUCCAGCUGCGAGACUCUGUGUAUAAGACCCUGAUGAUGAGGCCCGACCUGGAGCUGCAGUUUAAGUGCUAUCACCACGAAGACCGGCAGAUGAACACCAACUGGCCGGCAUCGGUGCAGGUGAGCGUCAACGCCACGCCUCUCACCAUCGAGCGCGGGGACAACAAGACCUCCCACAAACCCCUUUACCUGAAGCACGUGUGCCAGCCGGGACGCAACACCAUCCAGAUAACGGUCACGGCCUGCUGCUGUUCUCAUCUGUUCGUGCUGCAGCUGGUUCACAGGCCGUCUGUGCGCUCCGUGCUACAGGGUCUGAUGAAGAAGAGGCUCCUGCCAGCGGAGCACUGUGUCACUAAGAUUAAGAGGAACUUCAGUAGCGGUACCAUCCCAGGAACUCCCGGCCUUAACGGCGAGGAUGGCGUUGAACAGACGGCCAUCAAGGUGUCGCUCAAGUGUCCGAUCACCUUCCGACGCAUCCAGCUUCCUGCCAGGGGCCACGACUGCAGACAUAUACAGUGCUUCGACCUCGAAUCAUACUUGCAGCUCAACUGUGAGAGGGGAACUUGGCGUUGUCCUGUGUGCAAUAAAACUGCCCUUCUGGAGGGGCUAGAAGUGGACCAGUACAUGUUGGGCAUUCUGAUCUACAUCCAGAAUUCGGACUAUGAGGAGAUCACCAUAGAUCCGGUGUGCAGCUGGAAGCCGGUCCCGGUGAAACCAGACCUUCAUAUUAAAGAGGAUCCAGAUGGCCCUGCCCUAAAACGCUGUCGCACCUUGAGCCCUAGUCAUAUGAUCUUGCCCAGUGUCAUGGAGAUGAUUGCAGCUCUAGGCCCGGCCUCCUCGCCCUACCAGUCUAUGCCACAAGGUGGCAGCAGCAGUACGCCUGAUUAUCCCAGCCAAGGUGGCUCAGGAUACUCCAGCCAACCAGGCUUCUCAGACUUCCCCAAUGCCCCUGGCACACCGACCCUGGGGGAGUUUGCCUCCGGGCCACCCCCUCUCUCCUACCAGUCUGACCUGCCGAGUGGCCUCCUUACCCCUGAAAAACCUGUGGGACACCCAAUGUCAGGACAGAUGCCCCACUCUAGUCGCAUGGACCCUUCCCACAAUCCCCUUCAACAGCAGCAGCAACAGCAGCAGCAACAGCAGCAUCAACCUCUCCAUGGUAACUCCAACAUGGGUGGCCCCGGUGGACCCAUGCACUCCCGCAACUCCUCCCAGAAUCCCCGGAUGCACACAGACAGCUUUGGGCUGGGGGGCCCCGGCGGACCCGGUGACGUUUCAGAACCGGCCCUUGAUCUUCUCCCAGAGCUGACAAACCCAGAUGAGUUGCUGUCCUACUUGGGUCCUCCAGACCUUCCCAACAACAGUAACGACGACCUGCUCUCUCUGUUCGAGAGCAACUGAGCCCCCCCCCCCGUCCCGCUCAUUCAUCAGUCGCACAUCGCCGUCCAACACGCAGCCUCCCUGACCCCCUCACACUCCCGGCUCGUCGAGGGGAGCUUUGGGAAGCGAAACAGAUAUCCGAUUGCGUCUUUGCACUGUUUCCUCCUGAGACUGGAAUGCAGUGACUCAUGGGAAGGUGCAACGAAGAUCUUCUUUCUUUUUUUCUUCCUCCUGUGACAAUGUUACUGUUCGUCUGCUUCUCUGAACUCUGUCGAGAUUUUAUUGUGAAUUUCAGUUCGAGUUCCCGCUCUUCUCGCGAAUCAUUUGUAGAAAGACGCCUCAUCUCACAUCAGACUCGUGUGGUGUAAAAUGACAUUGUGUGGGGUGGGUCAUUGUUUGUUUGUUUUUUCAUUGCGGCUCCUGUUUUAAAUCUAAAUUAGAUGAGGAAUUAACACGGGGAAAGCCAAAGUGUGUUAUAACUUGAAGAAACAAACACGGAUGAAUUAAUUCUCAUAAUAAACAGGCAGACUUAUGUUUUAUUUCUUUUUUUUUGCCCAAUGAUGACCACAAAUUAGCUCCAUGUGAUGUAACAAGGUUUUAAACCACAAAAGACUUGAUUUUAAGUGAACUUUACUUGAAGAAGACCUCAAGUGUAGCCUUUUUCCUUUGAAACGUGCUAAUAGAGGCAGUGUGUCAGACCUUAAACAGUAGCAUUAAAGAAGUGCACUAUUACAUUUUCCGCACACACCAAGCCCUUCAAGAGUUACCGUAUUUGCCUAUACACGAAGGAAAUCGAAGGCAAAGAGUCAUCUUCUGUGACACCCACACGCACACCUCAAGCCACACUUUGUGUGUGUUUGGCACAAACUCCCUGCCACACCCUGCUCUGUUUUUGUCUGUCUCAUGUUAGUUUCUUUCCCCCUCAAUGUUGUUUUUACAAACGGUCUUCCUCCCCUGUGAGUUCAAGGCCACGAGGUCUGGAUUUCUAGCGUUAUGAAAGAAAAAAGGACUAGCAUCUGUGAUCGCCGUCGGCUCAAAACACACCCUCACUUGCGGACACAUUUCACUUGCCCUUAAAUAUGCAAGUUUGGGCUGUUAUUUGGUAGAAAAUCAGUUUUCUUCAGCAACAAACGUGUGAAGCUUCAAAACCAGACAGAGCACAAGCAGCCCAGUAGCACCUUGUAGACAGGUUCUAAACACAAAUGCACACAAGGACGUUUUUUGGACAAACACCUUCCCGUAGUGAGAUUUUGCUCGGACAAAUCUGGGUGGGUGGGAGCGUCACAACAGGAAACGGACUGAUGUUUAUAGCCGCGCUCAUAAUUGAGGAGAAAAACAUUGGGAUUCAUGUGAAAUAUGUACAGAUAUAGUAUUAUUAUUGUCGCAGAUGUGAACUUUCUCUUAACCCCAUGAUAUGGAUAAAAAAAGGACAUUUGAAACACUAUGACAAGAGCUCAUGUCAGACAUGCGCUUCAUUCCCCCCCGUUUUCCAUUCGGUGCUCGCUUUCUCGGCGUGGAGGGGAGAUGAGUCUGCUGUCGAUUCCUGUCUUGUCUGAUUUUAUUAUUUAUCAUUGCUCUUUGGGCACCGAUAGCAAAGUGCAGUUUGUAUAUUAACAAUACAGGGAGCAUCAGGAGUCGUCGGAUGUGCUUUUGUUCUUUUUUCGUUUGUUUGAAGUCAUUUGUGUAUCAUACAAUUUUAUCUUUGAUUAUAUAAUAAUUGUUAUUAUAAUUAUAAAGAUAAUUGAUGGGCCUGUAUGCAUCUCUCUUCUGUGUUAACUAGCAGAGUUUAUGAAUUUGUUAGAAAGAGAAAAAAAGUGAAUUCACCAUCAAAAUCUGUGACCAUGAUCAUGACUCAACUGAGAAACCAGCAUCACUUGUUGAUCAAACUGUUCAAAAAGAUGUUUGACUGUCAUGUGUUGGUGGAUCAUUAAGUUCUAUCAAUUGAAUUAAACAUGUACAAUUGAAAUCGAUUUGUUUUUCUAAAGAUGUGAAAUAUUUCCAUUAUGUUUUAUAAGUAAAGACUUAAGCCCCA